GAUUGAUGGUGCAGGUGUGCAAUCGGCUUUCUAUGCUUGUCAUUUUCUGUUUAGUUGCUACUUGUCUGUCCUAUUGCUGUGUGGAGAUGGGGAGGGAGCAGCGUUACUAAGGCCAGUCUUGUGUCAGGAAUAAGGGAAUAACAGUAUGGUGCCUUAACGGUGGUUUGUUUACCUAGCGAAGGAAAUGACUUCGAAGAAAGAACAACUCUUAUCUACAUUUACUUGUACAAAACCUACUCUGCUAUUUUUAAAUUUUGACUUUUACUCUGGGCUUGGCAUGUAAAUAGUCUAUGUACUGAUGUGCCAUUGUUACAAAUGGAAAGGGAGUUUCACUUUGGGAACGUGAGCAUAUCCCUAGUGCUCAUGUUGUUUUUGAGGGCUCUGACUGGGACGUCUCCAACACUAAGCUUUACCUCCGGGAGAGAGCCUCAAACCGCAGCCGCUCUGGGGUCACACAGAGCCGGGGAAGAUGGAAACGAAGGGGUGUUGGUGGAACGGGGCUUGGAAAGUAUCGGCGGUCCUCUUCCGGGUGUUAUCGGAGACGUGACCGUGGAGGAUCAUGAUGAUGAGAGCGGGGCGACCGGGAACGGAGAGGAGUCGUACGGAGAAAGUGACGGAAACAUCAGACCGAAACGCUCUCUGGUGAUCAUCAGUACUCUGGACGGUCGUAUCUCAGCUCUAGACCCCUACAACCAGGGACGCAAACAGUGGGACCUCGACGUAGGGUCAGGAUGUCUGGUCUCAUCCAGCCUCAGCAAACCAGAGGUGUUUGGUAAUAAGAUGUUCAUCCCAUCAUUGGACGGAGAGUUGUUCCAGUGGAAUAGAGACAGAGAGAGCAUGGAAGCUGUUUCCUUCAGUGUUGAGUCUCUCCUGGAGUCAUCCUUUCGCAUCGGGGAAGACACGGUCCUGGUGGGGGGAAAGAGUCUCACAAGCUACGGUCUGGGAGCCUACAGCGGCAAGCUGAGGUAUAUCUGCUCAGCAGUUGGCUGUAGCCGCUGGGGGGAGGAGGAAACAGAGCCUGAGGAUGUGUUGCUGCUGCAGAGAACCCAGAAGACCGUCAGGGCCGUGCGACCACGCUCCGGCUUGGAGAAGUGGAACUUCAGCGUGGGGAGCUUUGAGCUGAGGUUUGUUCCCGACAAACAGCUGACCAGCAACUUCCUGGAGGGAGAGAUGGCGAGCGGCGAGGCCAUGUGGAAGGAGGAGCAGAGGAGCAGCGGGCAGAAGGUUAUCAUGGAGGAGACCACAGACAACCACAGACACGCCACCACAGACACGCACCCUGACACACCUGGGUCUGGGACACCAGACCUAGUCAUCAAGGUGUCUGUUCCUGACUGGAAGGUGAUGGCCUUCAGCACCCAGCCUGGAGGACAGCUGGUCUGGGAACAGCAGUUCUGCACGCCCAUAGCCUCUGCCUGGUUGGUUGGAGGGGGGAAGGUAACGCCCAUUAGCCUGUUUGAUGACACGCCCUACAGCAGUCGUCCUGACAUGGAGGAGCAGCAGGAGGAGGAGGACAUUAUGGAGGCGGCUCGGGGAGCUACUGAGUCCAGCGUAUACCUGGGUAUGUAUCAGGGCCAGCUGUACCUGCAGUCGUCCGUCAAGAUCUCAGAAAGGUUCCCAUCUAAAGCCCUGAACGGGCCCGGUCCGGACCCGUACACCGUCCCGACCAUCCGAUGGAAACCUCUCAUACAUUCCCCAUCUCGGACUCCUGUUCUGGUUGGUUCUGAUGAGUUUGACAAAUGUCUGAACAACGACAAGUUCUCUCAUGAAGAAUACAGCAACGGAGCUCUGUCAGUCCUGCAGUACCCGUAUGACAACGGGUACUACUACCAAUACAGUAAGCGUUACCGUGGGCGACGCGGCGUGGCGGAGGUGUCUCUGCUGAAGGACGGUGGUGCAGCGGUGGAGAGGAGGAGGAAGGAUCCGGUCCUGUUACUACCCUGGUGGAAAGAGAUUCUAGGGACCAUGGUGUUCUGUAUCGCCGCUACCACCUAUAUAGUCAGGAAGUUCUUCCAACCCCCCGCCGCGGUGGAGUGCAUACGGCAACGCAAGGAGUCGGAGACUCAGUGUCAGACAGACAGCAAGUAUGACCUUGAGGUGGCCGAACCCAAAGAGACGGUUGUCAUGGAGACCCGCCCCAGUGAAUAUGUAUCCAGGUACCUGACAGACUUUGAGCCGGUACAGUGUCUGGGUCGAGGAGGGUUUGGUGUCGUGUUUGAGGCUCGGAACCAGGUGGACGACUGCAACUAUGCUAUCAAGAGGAUCCGCCUUCCCAACAGAGAGCUGGCCAGGGAGAAGGUGAUGAGAGAGGUGAAGGCUCUGGCCAAGCUGGAACACCCAGGGAUCAUCCGUUACUUCAACGCCUGGCAGGAGAGCCCUCCAGAGGGCUGGCAGGAGGGACAGGACCAGCGCUGGCUGGAGGAGAGCACUACCGACUGGCCUCUGAGCUCCCCCGACCACAUGGAGGUGCUGUCUGUCAAAGUGCCCAUCUCGUCUGUCUCCAGCCCUGUGAGUUCUGCGUCAGGGCUGGGCGGGGCCUUCAUGACUGACCACGACCAAUCCAUGCUCUCCAGAUCCGCAGGCGGGGCCAUGGGAUUUGGCUGUGGGGUUAUGGACUUCAGAGUUGGGACUGACAUCCCCUUCCCCCUGCUGAUUGGUCAGGACAGUAUGAUGUCAGAGCUGGAUAGCCAACCAGACGCAGAGGCCUCGACUUCAGACACUCCCCACUCCUUUGAGCUAUGCCCCCCCCGCGGCCCCAGCGACUGCACCUCGUCCUCCUUUGACAUCGUGUUCGAGGACUCGGGCUGCGACCGUGACGCCGACCCUGACCCUGAGGUCAUGAUCCCCUCAGAAGCCUCUGGAUUGGCCAGUACCCCACUCACUGAGAAGGCUAGCUCCUCCUCCUCCCACACCAGAAGAACCGACCCUUUCCCCGUACCCGUCCCACCCUCCUCCCCCUCCAUCCCUCCCUCCUCCUCCUCUCCUCCACGCCCCACCUCCCUCUGCCUGGCCCCAAGCCCCCCGGACCCCCCAACUCUGCGGCCCCAGCCCUCUCCUAAAGUCUACCUGUACAUUCAGAUGCAGCUGUGUCGUAAAGACACCUUGAAGGAUUGGAUGUCUCAGAGAUGUCUGCCUGAACACAGGGAACAUUCUCAGUGUCUGGGCAUAUUUCUGCAGAUCUCUGAAGCCGUUCACUUCCUCCACAGCAAAGGCCUGAUGCACAGAGACCUCAAGCCCUCCAAUAUCUUCUUCACAGUAGAUGAUGUGGUGAAGGUUGGAGACUUUGGUCUGGUGACAGCCAUGGACCAGGAAGAGGAUGAAGAUGAUUCAGGCCCCCUAACUCCCAUGCCCAGCUACGCCCGUCACACUGGACAAGUCGGCACCAAACUAUACAUGAGCCCAGAGCAGUUGUCUGGUGACUUGUACUCUCACAAAGUGGACAUCUACUCUCUGGGUCUCAUCCUGUUUGAGCUGCUCUGUCCCUUCAGGACACAGAUGGAGAGAGUCAGGACUCUGACUGAAGUCCGAGGGCUGCAGUUUCCUGCUGUCUUCUCCAAGAACAACGUCCAGGAGCUGGGCAUGGUCCGUAGCAUGUUGUCCCUUAGCCCGGCGGAGCGUCCUGAGGCUGCUGACAUCACGGAGGAGCCUCUGUUUCAGGAACUGGAAGUGCCGUGUCGCCUGGCGGUCCGACAACGAUCCCGGACAUACAGCGCCUCGUCAGCCGGAUGGCCUGCACGCACCUCUAUAGCCUCUUCCUGAACACACACACACGCAACACACACACACACGCAACACACACACACGCAACACACGCACACGCAACACACGCACACGCAACACACACACACGCAACACACACGCAACACACACACACGCAACACACACACACAACACGCAACACACACACACGCAACACACACACACACACGCAACACACACACACGCACGCAACACACACGCAACACACACACACACGCAACACACACGCAACACACACGCAACACACACACAACACACACACACACGCAACACACACACACACGCAACACGCAACACACACGCAACACGCAACACACGCGCGCAACACACACACAUGCCAGUCACCCCUGUUCCCCCAUUCUCAGUCUAAUGCCAGACAGAACCUCCUCCCUCACACACCACCAAAGAGACCCUGUUGGACAUCUCUCUCACAUCAUUCCUACAGUAACCCUACUACAGUAACUGUACUCUCACACAGUGUUUGUUCAUUCAAUCUCUCCCUCCUGCUGAGCCCUGCUGAACCCUGUACCUUAUCAACCAUAUCUAAAUGACACCUUGUUCUAACAUGAACUGUCCUUAACAACUGGUAACUAGUACUGAACUAGUACUGAGAACUGGAGCCAGAGACAGACAUGCCUGACUUGGGAGAAAAACCUUUUCCUGCUAGUUCUCUUUAAGAUGAUUUAAACGUAUUGCUUUCGGCCUUAGGAGGUUUGUGAGGUGUUAACUGCCUUGGUGUUUGUGAAUGCAACAGAGACCUGCCCUGCCUUGGACCAGGAGACCUGCCCUCCGCUAGAAUGAAUUAAUGAAUGGUGCUGGGGAAUGUUUCUACAUGGGGAUCACAGGGCUAAGAAUUCCUCAAGCUUUCUUUUUUGUUUGUUGUAAAUGUAGAAAGUCAACUCUGUUUAAGUUGCUAGCCAGAGCAGGACAAUGAUUUUCCAAAAUGUUCUCCCUGCCAAUGUUGUAAAUAAGUAAACAAAAAAACAAGUCAAAUGAUUGUAUGCUGUUAAAGAUGCGGUGUGGUCACACCUGUGUGUAUAUACUGACUGUAAUAUGGUCCCAUUGCUUUGUAAAUGGCACUGACAGGAUGAAGCAUUAUGAUAUCCGAUGAAGGGAGAGAGAGGAUAGCUGCACCUGCUCUGGUCUCUGAAGCCCGGAGGAUACUGUGUCAUAGACAUUGUUCUUUCUAUCUAAGAAAUAGAAGGGAGAGUGGUUGUAUUUCUAAGUUAACUGUCACCUAGGGGCCCGAUUCAGUCCGAUCACGUUUGGUCCUCUCUGCACGUUUUAAAGGCAAUAUUCCCAUGUUUGCGUAGACCCACAUUCACGGAAAACGCUCCGUAUGUUUUGUUUUUUCACCUUUUAUUUAACCAGGUCGGCCAGUUCAGGUUCUCAUUUACAUGUUGUCAUCUCAUGUUGGCUUGAUUAGAACCUGCCUUUAAAUGUCAAUUGCUCUAUAAGGUGGCUCUUCCUCGGUCUGUAUUUCAUUUAGGCCCUGAACAAGAAUGAACUGAUUCUAAGUUGAGGAGGACCUCCCAGUAACAUGUUGGACCUUUCAUUAUGUGAUAAACACCACCUUUUCUCCUCUGGACAGGAGAGCAGUGCUUUAGAAAAGUCUUAUCAAGUCCUUGUUACUCUUAUCACCGAUAAGUGUAAUGUACUAUAAUUAUUGUUUUAUCAAUUGUACUUUUUCUAAUGAUUUUUGAAAGGCUUUUUUCAUGUAAUCCUGCAAGCUUUUUUGAUUACUGUACAGUUUUUGAUUACUGUAAACUUUGACUGGAGAAGCUGAUAAAUUUACAGCAGAGAUCUGGUUCUGUUGAGUAGAGAUGAGAGAGGAGAGUCUGCUGAGGUAGAGCUGGUUCUGUUGAGUAGAGAUGAGAGAGGAGAGUCUGCUGAUGUAGAGCUGGUUCUGUUGAGUAGAGAUGAGAGAGAAGAGUCUGAUGUAGAGCUGGUUCUGUUGAGUAGAGAUGAGAGAGGAGAGUCUGCUGAUGUAGAGCUGGUUCUGUUGAGUAGAGAUGAGAGAGGAGAGUCUGCUGAGGUAGAGCUGGUUCUGUUGAGUAGAGAUGAGAGAGGAGAGUCUGCUGAUGUAGAUCUGGUUCUGUUGAGUAGAGAUGAGAGAGGAGAGUCUGCUGAUGUAGAGCUGGUUCUGUUGAGUAGUAAUGAGAGAGGAGAGUCUGCUGAUGUAGAGCUGGUUCUGUUGAGUAGAGAUGAGAGAGGAGAGUCUGAUGUAGAGCUGGUUCUGUUGAGUAGUAAUGAGAGAGGAGAGUCUGCUGAUGUAGAGCUGGUUCUGUUGAGUAGAGAUGAGAGAGGAGAGUCUGAUGUAGAGCUGGUUCUGUUGAGUAGAGAUGAGAGAGGAGAGUCUGCUGAUGUAGAGCUGGUUCUGUUGAGUAGUAAUGAGAGAGGAGAGUCUGCUGAUGUAGAGCUGGUUCUGUUGAGUAGAGAUGAGAGAGGAGAGUCUGAUGUAGAGCUGGUUCUGUUGAGUAGAGAUGAGAGAGGAGAGUCUGCUGAUGUAGAGCUGGUUCUGUUGAGUAGAGAUGAGAGAGGAGAGUCUGCUGAGGUAGAGCUGGUUCUGUUGAGUAGAGAUGAGAGAGGAGAGUCUGAGGUAGAGCUGGUUCUGUUGAGUAGAGAUGAGAGAGGAGAGUCUGCUGAGGUUUGGUCAAAAUGAAAUCACUUAUUUUAGAUUUUUUUUAUAACCCAAACUGGGUUGAACCAAAUGGAACCAAUAAGGCUGAAACAACAGGGAGGGACCUCGCUGAACUUGUCCAAUAAAAAAAACGAUGGUUUUCCAUUGCAAAAUGUUUUGCUACGGUGUGCACUAAUGAAUACACCCCUGGUUUAAAUGUUCAGACUAGAUCUUAGUUUAUAACCUUUUCCCUAUGACCUACUGUAUCCGAGUCCCAGCAAAGAGGGUUGUUUUAUUUGUAUUCAUGUUUUAUGGACUAUAUGAAGGAAUUAACGUUCUCUGACUUUGCCUUCAAACUCUGAGAACAACUGCAGCAAGUACCGAAAUUGUAUUUCUGUCUGUCUGCAAUCAAUAGUAUCUCAGACCUUCAGAUAAUACUGUCAUCUCUGCUUUUAGUCCUAGAAGUUAUAAAUGACAACUAUAGUUGAAUUAGUUUAUAAGAUAGUUAUCUAACGGAUGUUACGUUUUUCUGUCUCUUCCUCCCUCCUCUCUUCUUCUCUCCUCUCUUCUUCUCUCUUCUUCUCUCUUCUUCUCUCCUCUGUUCUUCUCUCUUCCUCUCUUCUUCUCUCUUCUUCUUCUCUCUUCCUCCCUCCUUCUCUCUUCUUCUCUCCUCUCUUCUUCUCUCUUCUUCUCUCCUCUUCUUCUCUACUCUUCUUCUCUCUUCCUCCCUCCUUCUCUCUUCUUCUCUCCUCUCUUCUUCUCUCUUCUUCUCUUCUCUCUUCCUCCCUCCUCUUCUCUUCUUCUCUCCUCUCUUCUCUCUUCCUCCCUCCUCCUCUCUUCUUCUCUCCUCUCUUCUCUCUUCCUCCCUCCUCUCUUCUUCUCUCCUCUUCUUCUCUCCUCUCUUCUUCUCUCUUCUUCUCUCCUCUCUUCUUCUCUCUUCCUCCCUCCUUCUCUCUUCUUCUCUCCUCUCUUCUUCUCUCUUCUUCUCUUCUCUCUUCCUCCCUCCUCCUCUCUUCUUCUCUCCUCUCUUCUUCUCUCUUCCUCCCUCCUCCUCUCUUCUUCUCUCCUCUCUUCUCUCUUCCUCCCUCCUCCUCUCUUCUUCUCUCCUCUCUUCUUCUCUCCUCUCUUCUCUCUUCCUCCCUCCUUCUCUCUUCUUCUCUCCUCUCUUCUUCUCUCUUCUUUCCCUGGAUGUCUGGUUCUGCACCUCUCCCUUGACCCGUAGUUAAAUCUAUCUGUCCAUCUGAUCUGGUAAUGAUGUAAAUAUGUUUAUUUUGUUUUAUUUAUGUUUAAUGCCGAAAUCAAUCAGUUUUGGGUUGGUGGUACAUAUAUAUAUAUAUAUAUAUAAAUAUAUGAUGAAUGCACUUCGUCCCAUGAAGUGCAUUGAAAUAUGGUGACUUCUUCCAAGUCUUACAUUUAAUAAACACUUCUAUUACAUUUGUAAA